ACCACCGCCGCUCGUCCCAGUUCCACACCCGCUCGCAGCUGGAACCAGGGAGAGAUCGUCAGCCAUGUCCGGGCGCGGCAAGGGAGGCAAGGGUCUCGGCAAGGGCGGCGCCAAGCGCCACCGGAAGGUGCUGCGCGACAACAUCCAGGGCAUCACCAAGCCGGCCAUCCGUCGCCUGGCGAGGAGGGGCGGCGUGAAGCGCAUCUCGGGGCUCAUCUACGAGGAGACCCGCGGCGUCCUCAAGAUCUUCCUCGAGAACGUCAUCCGCGACGCCGUCACCUACACCGAGCACGCCCGCCGCAAGACCGUCACCGCCAUGGACGUCGUCUACGCGCUCAAGCGCCAGGGACGCACCCUCUACGGAUUCGGCGGCUAGGCCUAGGCGUCCAUCUGCGCCCGCAGCCCGUCGCCUCCUCGCCGUCCGCAGUCCGCACCGCCGUCGGCCAACAACUCUGCCCCGCCGUGGCCGCAGGCGCGAAGAAACAGCCAUGUCUUUUGUUCAGUAGCAGUCGUAUCCGGAGCAAUGUUACUACCUGUUCUCCCAUUAGCCCAUCGCACAAUUCCUCUAGUGAGCCCGUAGCUCCAUGAGCCCAGUUGUGGAAUCGAAUGUACCGUCUUCCUGCC